AUGAGUGAUGUUGACACUGCCCCCUCCGUGCCAGCUACCCUGGAUGCCGGUCAACCUGCGCUCGCCCUUGAGGUGAACCACCGGUCCCCGGCCGCUCCGUCGUCGCCCCGGAGGGCCUCGCCACCCCCGCCCCCCCGACCAGAGGAGGCGUCGGUCGAGCUGCCCCCGGCCCCUGGCGCGGAGGAGGGCGAUGGGCCCCCGAGCCCCAAGGCCGACUCCGAGGCCGAGACCAUCAUCCAGUCGGGCCGCGAGUCGCUGUCGCCCCAGAAACGACGCAAGUAUAUUGAACAUGAACCCACGAAACGACGUGACGAAGGACAUGAUGACCGUGUAGAACCUGGGGGGAGGGACCGUCCCCCGAAUGAGCUCCCGCCCCGACGGGUGAAUGCUGCGGAGGUGGUGGAUAGGGAGCCGUCAGAUGCACGCGACCGCGCCCCGCCUCGUCCCGCGGGUCUGCCCCCGAGGCCCCCGUCCCCCCCGUCGAUUGUCAAGCUCGAAAGGUCCGAGGAGCUGGAUGCCGUCCCCCGCAAGCCCGCGCCCGCGCCCGCCACGUCGGCGCCCAGAUUGCCGAGGAAACGGAGCCUGAGUGAGGUGAUGGCCGGCGACGGGGACGCGGGUCGCCCUCCGCGCCAUCAUCCCGCGGCCUCGCGCCACCCCCCCCGGCGAGACCUGGGCGACGUCUCCCUCCCACCCCCCUCCGUCAAGGACCGAUCGACGUCGCCCGUGCGACACACCCACAAGCGGGCGGCCUCGGGCCCACAGCUGGGCGGUAGCAGCAGCAGCAGUGAUGCUGCGCCCCCGCGGAAGAAGAAAGCCCCAACCCCCCUCGUCACGGGCUUCCCCCGGCAGAGUUCCGAGGAUCGGCAGUCGGUCUCGUCCUCAACCAGCGGCUCCCCACUCCCCUCCGCGCACCUGCGCAAGCUGGUUGACGGCGCGUCGGCGUCGCCAGCCCGCCCCAUGGGCAGCAAGAAACAGCGGGAUCAAAACGGUCGGACGCGGCUCGCGCGGGCCUGUGCGGCCCAGGAGCUCGAGGCGGCCAUCGCACGACACUCGGAACGACCCGACGAUCUGAACGUGGCCGACAACGCAGGCAACACCCCCCUGCAGAUCGCCUCCCUCGAGGGGUGUGCCCCGAUCGUCAAGUUCCUGCUCGAGGCCGGCUGUGAGAUCGAUACGAAGAACAUCGACAAGGACACGCCGCUGAUCGACGCCGUCGAAAACGGGCACCUUGACGUCGUGAAGCUGCUCCUCGCCGCGGGGGCCAACCCCCGGACCCUCAACGCCGAGGGCGACGAGCCGUACGAUCUGGUCCCAUCCGAUUCGGAGGAGUUCGAGGAGAUUCGGCGCGUGAUUGCAGAUGCCAAGGCCAACCCCCGCCAGCACCGUCGGUCGGAGGAGCGGGCGGCGUCGGUCAGCAAGGAACCUGCGUCUCGGCGCGUCUCCAACGGUAGCGGCCGCGACCUGACCCCCGUACACGGGCCGCGGAGUCCGCCGCCGCCGGGUCCCGCCGCCACGCGGCGCAAGGUGGUCCGCCGCGAGGCCACGCGCAACGACCUCCUGUGGACCAAAGCGACGCCGGAGAAUUUGCAGGCGUUCGCCGCCAAGGGGGACAUGGAGGGCGUGGCCAACAUCCUCAACGUGGGGCAGAAGGCCGAUCCCGAGUCCAUGAUCGCGGCGGCCAAAGGCGGCCACGACGAGGUGAUCUCGCUCCUCCUGGGCAUGGGCGACGCGGACCCCGACCCCGACCCCGUCGCGGGGGGCUCCCACAAACCGGGCUACAACACCCCCAUGCUGGCCGCGAUCGGCCGCGGCAACCUGGCCGUCAUCCGGAUCCUGCUGGACAACCCCGACUUCAACCCGUCCCGGCGCCUGUAUCGAGACCGGACUUACUACGAACUGUCCCGCGAUCGCCGUGCGGAGAACUGGGAGGAAGAGUACGAUCUGCUCCGCGACGCAUAUGAGAAAUACGUGCGGGCGAAGCGACAGCGCAAGGCCGAACUCGCCUCCUCGCCCCGACGGGCGCGGGACAAGGACAAGGAGAACAAGCGGCCGGGGCGCCGGGACUCCACGUCUCCGGCGGCGGCCGUCCCGCGGAAAUCUAUCGAAACCGGCGCGGCGCGCCCCGUGUCCAAGGAAGCGUCCCUCUUGAAGGAGAAACGCCGCGACGGUGCCCCCCACCCGCACCCCAAAGAUCGGCCCGGCGUGCCACGUCCGAAAGUGGCCCGGAAGGAGGGCGACAGCGUGGAGACCGCCAAAUCCAAGGUGAUGACCCCAGCGGGCAAGGACAGCCACGCGGAUCGCGGCGACGAUGCACCGAAACGACGACGACUGUUUUCCGGACGACCGCCGGCGGACCGCGAGCGUCGGCGGCCCAGUCUGCCCUCCGACGACGAGGGGAGUACCCGACCGGGCGAUCCGGAGGGCGCCAAAUCCGGACUUCCGGCUCCCUUGAAGCGGGGACGCAGCAGUGCGAGCCCCGAGCGACCGCGAUCGCGUGGCAUGGAUCCCGAGCGCCCUGCCGCCUCCGACGGACCGAAGAAAAAGCGCCGUGUCCUGAACGAUGACGGCACGCCGAGCCUCACAAAUGGCGGGGGGAAGCGAGAGGCGCCGCCGCCAACCGAGGAAGGUCAUCCUCUGCCGCCCCGUCCCACGACCCAUAACGAUCGUGUGGGAGGGCCGCCGUUGAAGAGUGUCGAACGGGAUCCCGUGAAAGAAGAGCACGGGAAGCAGGAGCGUCGCGGUCUGGACGACAUUCCCAUGGUGGACGCCGACAGUGCCGCGGAUCGACGCGCCCGCGAUGCCGCCGAGGCCGAUGCCCGCCGGCAGCGGGAUGCAGAGGCGGCGGCGCAACGACGAGCUGAGGAAGCGCGGCUGGCGGCCGAAGCGGAACAGGCUCGUCUGGACCGGGAAGCGGCCGAUCGGGCGGCCCAGGCGGCACGUCUGGCGCAGGAGAAAGCCGCGGAGAAGGCCGCAGAGAAAGCCGCAGAGAAAGCCGCAGAGAAAGCCGCAGAGAAGGCCGCAGAGGAGGAGAAGGAGGAGCGGCGACGCAAGGAAGCGGAGCAGCGACGGGCCAAACAGGCGGAAGAUGAGCGGCAGAAGCGACUGGAGCAGGAGCGGUUGCGGUUGGCAAAGCAGCGGCGUGAGCAGGAGGAGCUGGAGCAGCGACGGCGGGAGGGACUGCCCAGCCGACUGCGGAUCGCGGCGCACCUGGUGGGGUCGAACGACGCUCAGGCCCGCAGCCACGCGUGGCUGCGCAAAUUCCUGCCGGUAGUGACGGCGGAGACGCGGCAGCUGGAUCCUACGUGUGAUGCGACGGUGGCAGAGGACCGAUGGGUGCCGAACUACCUGCUGUCGCAGUACGCCAGCUGGGAGAAGCGCGAUGCAACCCCGACGCAACGGAUGAACCUGUGGCGGGUUACACGGCGGAUGCUGGUGCAGGCGGACGAGAGGGAAAAGGACAGUGAGACGCGACCGAAAUACUUUGAGAUGGAGCAUGUAUUUUGGGUUAAGCUGUCCGACUUUAUGGAUCUUGUUCCCCAUAUUCCGCACCUCCACGGGCUGGACCUGCAAUUUCUCAAGAUGCACAUCGAUCAGGAGGCGCGGACCAACGGGCAUGGGCAUGGGCCUAUGGAGGGGUUGACCAACGGGUAUCGACCGAGUACAUACGUCUAG